AUGGCUCUGUCAAUCCUCCCGACACAAGCAGAUAUUCGCAGCCGGGUCGUCCGAGUGCAAAAUGCAAUCAAGGGGGCCGGAAUGGAUCUUCUCGUGCUCCACGGCACAGCGAACCACCGCUUCUUCACCGGACUCGAUGGCCUGCCGGAUGUAAGGCCUAUUUUCCUCGUCAUACGGCCCAACGCUGCGCCUGCGUUCAUCUCACCCCGAAUCGAAGCCCCCAUCAUCCGCACGAAAUGCACCCAAGAGAUCGUGGCUGAAUGGGGUGAUUGGGACGAGCCGGGAAUGUACCGAUCGUUCGGUGAUGCCCUUGCCUCAUACAUUCAAAAAGUGGCUCCAAAGGCUGCCAUGAUCGGUCUUGAUUCCAAUACCGUCACGGCAGCUAAUCUUGAGUUACUCAAGAACAAGCUGGCGUCAGCAGACAUUGUGGACGCCUCUACCUUGAUCAGUCAAGUUCGCCGCGACGGCGAUGCGGCACAAACCAGGAUUCUCAGAAGCUGUGCUGAUGUUGCUGCUCAAAAGUUCAAGGGAGCUCGGGAGGCCACUGCUCCUGGUGUCCCGGAGUGGAGAGUUGCUCUCCGCGGCUACACUGCUGCCGUGGAGCAGGCAUCCAAGUAUCUCGAGGGUGACGAGAACAACUCGCCGCUCGGCUCCAGCUUCACUGUCGUUGGUAGCGGCCGCAUCCGUUCGGCGCAUGCCCAUUCCGUGGCCUCGAACCGUAUCAUGAGGGAUGGUGAGCUUGUUCAGAUCUGCUGCUGCACCCCUACACUGGUUGGACACGACAUGUGUUUCGACCGUCCUAUCGCAGUGGGCACCAAGGAGCUUCCUGAGGAUGUUCUCAAUGUACUCAGCGCCGCGCGUGAGGCUUCAGCAGCGGCGUGGAAGGUGGUUCGCGCAGGAGUAAGAGCAGAAGAGGUUCACGCUGCCGCAGCGGAAGUCAUUGCACGUCGCGGAUUUACCGAGGGCAUGCAGCACGGAACGGGUCGUUCUAUCGGAUGCGGUGGUGUUGGAUUCCGUAUCAUGGAGGGCGAGCAGACUGUGCUUCAAGAGGGCGACGUUGUCGGCAUCGAGCCAGGUGUUUACCAGUACGGCGUGGGGGGUGCUCGCUACGGCGACACGGCCCUUGUGACGACCAAAGGAUGCGAGAUGCUCACGCCGUUUGAUCUGGGAAGGGACAUCCAAGCAGACCAGGCUGCGAUUCGACGUGCUAGAAUCUAA